AUGUUUCGAGACGCAAUAAAUUACAAUACCAAUCUGGUAUUUGCCUCAACUGAAAUAAUCAUCUUAACAGCUCUAAGUGGGCUCGUCGUUCUCCUGACGAUCAGCUAUGUAAUUUAUCAAACAAAAUUCCAUCCACUUGCCGGAUAUCCAGGGCCAUUGCUCGCAAAGUUCAGCAGCAUAUAUGCCGCCUACCAUGCCAUCUAUGGAACCAUGCAUACCAACCUCUACGAUCUUCAUCAGAAACACGGUGAAUUUGUCCGCUUUGGUCCAAAUCACAUCUCCAUCAACAGUGCUUCGGCUCUAGAACAAAUAUAUAGCCACAAAGCGAAUGUGCAAAAGUCCAGUUGGUACCGUGUUUUCUAUGGUCUUAGCAUUUUCAAUAUAGUCGAUAAGGAAGUUCAUGCGAGAAAAAAACGUGUCAUGACGCAAGCUUUCUCCGAUCAAGCGGUACGUACCAUGGAACCGCAUAUAUUAUCUGCCAUUAGAGACUGGUGCACGGGAUUGGGAGCCAGUGAUGAUCCGAGCUCAUCCUCCACUUCCGUCUCUCACUCUAAAGAGCUGAGACCGGGAGAUUGGUCCAGUCCGAAAGAUAUGGCUCACUGGGCCGCUUACAUGAUUUUCGAUUCGUUGGGGGAAAUAUGUUUUGGCAAGACAUUCAACACAUCACUCAGUCACGAAAAUCGAUUUUUCCUUGACCUAAUGGCUGCGAAUGUUCGGCGAAUUAACGUCCUUGGUCAAUGGCCUCUUCUUAAAACAUUAAAUGCUGGUAGAUUCCUCUUUCAAAAUGGAGCAGAGAAACGAGCGAAACAAAUUUCCUUUUCAUCCGAACAGCUCCGCAAUCGUCUCAAUGCUACAAAUAGUGAUCGGAGAGAUAUCGUCUAUUAUCUCCAACAAGCACGCGACCCGGAUACCGGCGAAGGAUAUUCCGAAGCGGAGUUGAUGUCUGAAACUACAUUGCUUCUUGGAGCUGGAUCAGAUACCGCCAAUUCUGCUCUCACUAGUAUCUUCUAUUUCCUUUCGCAGCAUCCUUUUAUCCGAGAAAAACUCACGAAUAUCAUCCGUAGCACAUUUCCGGAUGUUGAGUCUAUUUCUCAUGGCCCGGCUCUCAAUUCAAUGGUUUACCUACGUGCUUGUAUUGACGAGAGUAUGCGUCUGUGUCCUCCCGUUCCAAUGCCACUUCCUCGGGAAGUCCUUCCUGGAGGCUUGCAGGUAAAUGGACAUCAGUUUCAAGAAGGGACUAUUGUAGGUGUUCCUACUUACUCACUGCAUCACAGUGCCCAGCAUUUUGAUCAACCAUAUGUUUACGAUCCUAAUCGAUGGUUGAUCAAAGGGUCCAAAGGAACGGAUGAAAACGAAGGUCGUACUAAAGAGGAAGUAUCCAAAGCUAGAGAGGCUUUUGUUCCAUUCAGUCUUGGACCUCGAGCAUGUAUUGGAAAAAGUGUAGCAUUAUAUGAGUUGCAAGUAGGUGUUGCGAGGGUCUUGUGGCUUUAUAAUAUGAGGAUUGCGGCUGGGUGCAAGAAGAUUGGUGUGGGAAGACAUGGAGAGUAUGAGAUGAGAGACUUCUUUAUUCUUGGGAAGGAGGGGCCAAUUUUGCAGUUUCAAAAGAGAGGUUGAUGGCAUUGCUUUCGCUUAUCUGUUUAGUCUGCGAUUUUAAAUUUUCGGAGAGCAAGUGGUAUAUACGUAUGUACCGUAUUGAGCUUUCAUUAAAUAUACAUUAAGUCGAGAAACACGGGAGUUUAAACUGUACCAACCGCCAGUAAAGGAACGUAGUAUCAUCCAGUGUAGACAAUAGUAUACUAUAGUGAAACUAUAGCGCAUA